AUUCCGAGGUGCCCGGCCUCUACAACUACCUGCCAUGGCAGUACCAAGCUGGAGAGGGAGGGCUCUUCUACUCCGCCCAGGAUGGAUGAAAAUUACAAUCUCUUGCCGCACGGAGUCAAUUUCCAAGAUGCCAUCUUUCCAGACACACAGGAGAACAGAAGGAUGUUUUCUGUCCUUUUCCAGUUUGCUAACUGUUCCCAAGGGCAGCAGCUGACAACUUCCUCGAGUGACUGGGAGAUCCAGGAAGACAACAGGGCUUCACAGUUCAAGCAUGAAGAAUGUGUGGCUAUGUUAUUAGAACACGGUGCUGAUCCAAAUGCUAUUGACGACAGUGGGAACACCGCACUGCACUAUGCUGUUUGGUAUAACAGCACCUCAAUGACAGCCAAACUGCUGGCACACAAUGCCGACUUCAGUAUAAAAAAUGAGGAAAGCUUUACACCACUUACACUGGCUCGAAUGAAAAAUGACAACCUGGCAAAACUUUUAGAAGACCAGAAAGAAAAGAUAAAGGAACUUGAUGAAUUAGAAAGGUCUUCAAAGAAAACUUCCAAUGGAAAAGAAGAGGUCAAAGAACAAGGAAAUCAUAUGCUUGACCUUAAGGAACUAAUAUCAUGUGAGGGAAACUCAAAGGACUGUGAGCAGUACAGUUGUGACACUAUUUUGCAUUUUAUUGAAGAGCUCAUGAGGCAGAGAAAAGAUAUAAAUUCUGAGAUCCUAGUGAAAAUCUGGGGUGCAGUUUAUACAUAUAAAAGAUCAAUAGACUUUGAAAAACAUAACUGUGAACUAAUUGAAGAAGAUUGUGAACGUAUAAGUAAUGAAAUUAUUGCACUGCGAGAGGAGUGGUCUCAACUAGAGAUUGAAAAUGCUGAACUGCAAGAUGAGCUAUGCAGUUUGAGGGCCACCCUUGAAAAUUUAGAAUUAAAUGAUGCAGCAAGCCUCCAAGCAGAGGAGAAUGAAGAGCUUUCAAGAACCCCGGUUCAAGAAGAACAGUUUAAGUUGUACCUGUCACUGACACAGAGUUUGCAUGAAAUGAGAAGAAGAAAUAGUGAACUAGAAGAAGAAAUAGACAGGUAUAUGGAUCUAUGCACAAUGAUGGAGGAGGACUCAGAUGCACAUCAAAAUGGAGAGUUUUCAGGUUAUAAUGCUUCAAGUACAAAUCACUGCGAAGAGGAUACGGUACUGAAACUAAGAGAGAAGCUUGAAAGUAUGGAAACAAAACUACAACAAGAAUUAAUCCACUGCCAAUGCAAGGAAGAUGAAAUUAAUCUUUGGGAGCAGAAAAUAGCAGAAAGGACAGCAGCCCGGGAGAGCCGUGAAGCGGAAGAGGGUAGAAUAAAGCAGCUUGAAGAGAAAAUACUCAGCCUCAAAGCCGAUAUGGACAAGAACAUGGUAGAGCGAAGUGAGGUAGAAAAUCAUAAGAAAGCCAUUGAAGAGCAAGCUAGGAGUCAACUCAUGGAAAAAAUAAACCAAGAGAACCAAGUCUUACGGAUCCUGGGCUCUCUGUGUGUAAACAUGAAGAAAGGAAUGGGGCUGAAGAGCCAGGAGCCAGGGGCUGGGAGCACCCCAGGCUGUUUCUUGCCACAUGGCUUUCCGAGGAGAAUGUCUAAGCCUCUGAAGCAGAGCCCUGUGACAGCCCUGGCCUCCUCUUUGCUGAGCCUACUAUCUGGGCUUUCCAGAUCUUCUUGGACUGAUGCCUAAAACUCCCCUGCAGAGAAGCUCUCUUUGGGCUGAAACCUUACUUCAUCCCUCCAUGGAGGGUCCAAAGGAAGACCAGGGCAGAGAGCCCACUCAGACUGUUCGCUCGCUGGUUUCAUAGUUGCAUCUGUCAAGGGACUCUGCUCUGAACAUCUCAGUCCAUGAGGGUGUCAGCUUAAGGGAGGGCCUUGUCACCAAAUGCAGUGUGACUGUGUUCCCUUGUUUUUUUCUUUCAAAUUUGAUACAAACUAGAGCCACUGGGAAGAGGGAGCCUCUGAUGAGGAAUUGACUGGCCUGUGGGCACGUGUGGGGACAUUUUCUUGACUGAGGAUUCGUGUGAGAGGGCCCAGACACCUGUGUGUGGUGCUGUCCCUGGGCCAUGUAAGAAAGCAAUUGAGCAAACCACUAGGCAGUAUUGCCACCCAAUCUCUGCUUCAGUUCCUGCCGCCCUCUCCCCGGUUCCUGUCUUGGCUGUAACUUGUCAAAUAAACAUUUCCUUCCAAGGUUGCUCAAGGUGUUUACCACAGCAAUAGAAAAUACACUAGAUUAUAAAAUAAUUACACAACUAUACAUUGAAAAACUGAGGAUUGCCCAUAUCACUACCAAAAACAAGCAAAACAAGCACACAAACAAUCCCAAGCUAACUAGGGUAGACAAGCUCUUCAAGAUCAGUAGAUUAGGUGUGCUGUGCAUCUGGUUGUAGCAGUGUGAAGAGGUUUGGCCCUCAUGGACUCAUGUGUGUUGGGAUGCCUGGCCCACAAGGAGUGACACUAUUAGGAGGUGCAUCCUUGUUGGAGUAGGUGUGACCUUGUUGGAGGAAGUAUAUUACCAUGGGGAUGGGCUUUGAGGUCCUAUAAUCAAACUCUGCCCAGUGUUGAAGUGAGAGUCUCUUCCUGGCUGCCUUCAGGUCCAGACGUAGAAAUCUCAGCUCCCUCUUCAGCACUGUGUCUGUCCUGUAGGCCGCCACGCUUCCCUGCAUGGUGAUAAUGGACUGAACCUCCAAAACUGUCCCCAUUAUAUGUUUUUAGUUUUUGUUUUUUUAAUAAUAAUAAUACCUUGAACAUAGUGUCUCUGGACAGCAAUGAGACCCUAACUAAGACAAAGGUUGAGGCAAGAGGACUGUGAGUUUGAGGACAGCCUGAGCUACAUGGUGAGCCCCAAGGUAGCUUGGGCUACAGGGUGAAAUCUUGUUCCAACAGCAACAACAACAACAAACAGAACAAAUAAUAAACAGACUCACUAUCUUAAUUACCUGGUAAUGUAGAAAAGAGAUGGGAAUAGAAUGUUCUAGAACUUCUAGAGUGAAAGAGAAAUAAGGAAGAUGUAAGAGACACAGUAAUGGCAUAUGAUGUUUCAAAUACACCCACAGCAAGAUAUUAUUUUAGAUAUUUGGAGAACUUUCCAGAAACAUUGAAUAUCAUCUGGUUAAUUCUGUUGGGGCCUUGAUGUUACUGUGGUUAAAUAAUAAGGUAGCUCCUUAUUUUGACAUGACUGAUGAAGUAUUUAGUGAUAAAAUGGCUUGAGAUCUCAUUUUGUUUGAAGACAUUCCAGUUCAGAAAAUGUGAAUGUGGAAAAACUAGGUGUGGGAAAGUGUUGGUGGUUAUUGAGUCUGUAUAAUUGCUCUCUCAAGGUUUGUUGUACUCUAUAUUCAGAAAUUUUUAUUUAAAAAAUUAACAUUUAAGACAACUAUAUAUUUCAAUUUUAAAGCAUGGGAAGUGGUUUGUGAUAAAUGUGCUCACAGCACAUAAGGUCUUUGCUUUUAGUCUAGUCUAGCAAAAACAGGUUGUUGGUUUUUUGGUUUGUUUGUUUUUUGUUUAGGAGUUAUAUGAUUUAGUCUCUUUGGAAAGGGGUUUGCAAAGUUCAGUAUGUUUUAUCUGAAGUUUAAAAUAGGUAUAUGUUUUAGGGACUUUUAAAAGGUCUUGAAAAUGUUUCUACUUUCAGUGAUAUCUCUAAGCUAAAAGAGAUGGGCAAGAUUUAUCACAGCUCGGGGCUGGGGAGAUGGCCCAGUGGAUACGAAUAUGUGCUUUGCAAGCACAAGGACCUGAGAUCGAAUCCUCAGCACCUGUGUAAAAGCUGUGCCUGGCUGUUCAUGUAAGCCCAGCCUUGGAUGUUGGAGUCAGAUGGGUCCUGGGAGCUUGCUGGUCAUCUAGCCUGGGGGAAUUGACAGGCUCCUAGAUCAGAGAGACCUUCCUUCCCUGUGAAGAGGACACCUGAUGUCCUCCUUUGUCCUCUGAGUCCAUAUGUGUGAUUGAUGCACACACACACACACACACACACACACACACACACACACACACACACACACAUAUGAGAGACACACAGAGAGAGACAGAGACAGAAAUUUGCAUUUAUUUUUUACAUGUUCCCCCUUUCUUAUCAUACUGGUGGUGAACAUCCAGUGUUUGGACUGUUCUUCCCUGCUUCUUAUCUUAGAAGAAAUUGGUCCACCUAUAUUCAGUCCUUUUUUUCCCCUUACCCCUAGUCAUGGUCUUCCUUACUGGCCUCAAGUUUAUGAUUUCUUUACCCCAGCUUCCCGAAUGCUGGAAUUAAAGGCACAUACCACAUGCCUGGCUCA